GCAUAAACAAUGGCAUUCAAUUGGUGACUAUUAUAAUAUUCUUACACAUAUUCUAUAGACAAAAUGCCAUUAAUUCUAUUAUGUGGAUAUCCUUGUUCAGGUAAAUCAACUAUUGUCAAUUUAUUAGUUGAUUUAUUAAAACAAUAUUUCUCUGAAUAUUCAAUUAUUGUUGUGGAUGAAUUUAAAAGUAGUAAUUUACAAUCAUCACAAAUAACAACAUUGGACAAUGAUAUUCGAUGUGAUAUUUAUGCUGAUUCAAAAAAAGAACGUGAAUUUCGUGGUCAACAAAAAUCCGAGGUUGAACGAGCACUUGCACAAAGUCAAUCUAUUAUAGUCAUUAUGGAUGCACCCAAUUAUAUCAAGGGUUAUAGAUAUGAAUUGUAUUGUGUAGCGAAAUCUUAUAAACAACAACAUAUAGUUUUAUUCAGUGAUAUCCCGGCUGAAAUUUCAAAACAGUGGAAUUCAAAAAUUAAUCGGUAUCCUGAUGAUCUACUUUCGGAUAUGAUAAGCAGAUUUGAACGUCCUCAAUCUACACAACGUUGGGAUAAUCCACUUAUAACUAUUGAACCUCAUCUUUGGGACUCACCAAGCACUGACAAUAUGGAGUCAGUAAUUAUACAAAUAAAGCAGUUGCUGAACAACAAAGAAAAAAGAAAGAUACAGCCAAAUAAAUCUACACAACUAACAAUUAUUUCAUCAUCUAACUAUCUACAAAAUCUAGAGCAUGUCACUCAGCAAGUCGUAGAUCAUAUUCUUCGAAGUCAAACAAAUGGUCUUUCAUUAGUCGAACUCCCUACGUGUUUUCAAAACGAACAUAACCGAGAUGUAGUGCUACAACUUACCAAUUCAGAUACUAAAUAUAUGAUUGGCAAUCUAAUCCGACUUAAACGCCGAUAUAUUGCUGUACAACGACUGAAAUUCGAUCAGCUUAAAUCUCUACCGGAUAGUGCCUCGAUUGCAGCAAACUUUAUGCAGUUUAUUUCGUUCAGUGCGGAUUCAUAUGAUGAUGAUGCCAGUUGAAAACAUUGGCAAAAAUCUUCGGAACACCUUCAACGGAUACUUCAUUUUCGUAAACGUUCAUAAUAUUUAUGAAGAUAAGAAUCACAAGUGAUACUGUUAUGUAACAUAAUAUACUUUGCUGCUGUAGAAUAGAUCUUUUGCACAG